CAUUAGCUUGCAGAUUCCAAAAUAGUUUCACUUUCACACCAAUUACCAACCACAGCUGUAUAUGAGCAGUGAUAGCCUGCUGCAUUAUUAUCUUGUUUAGUGCAUAUUAAAACUGUAUUAGAAAAAUAAUUUAGAAUUAUUAAUAAAAUAAUGAGUUGAAGUAAUAGGAAGUGAUACGGUUGGUGAAGUAAGAGGCAAGAAAUAGGGCGCACGUUGGCAGGAGAUUCCUAUUAUGAAUAUUUGCUUGCUUUUAUCUGUUGUGCAGAUUUUUCGUCUGCAAAAGACGAAAGGAAAUCAUGGGCUUAAUCAAUCAAAACUUCUGCAAAAGCAACUCGCAAGAAAAACAUAAAGAAAAAUCUUCCCUGCUGUUGUCUUAUUAUUUGGACUCGGUUAUCUCUGAGUCUGACUAAGACAAUUUCUUUUUAGGAAAAUUCCUUCAUGCCCUUCACGUCUUCUCUCUCUCUCUCUCUCUCUCUCUCUAUCAAACUCAGUCACUGCCUAAGCCUUGCAACAGGCAACUUAGAAACAUGCACAGAAGAAAAAAAAAAAAAAAGAAAAGGAAAUAACUGAAUAUCCAAGCUGUCUUUCUUCUUCUUUUGCAAUUACUUAUUUGCUUGCUCUUUAAUGGAAAGUCAAAACCCCACAUUUCUCUUUCACCACUUAUCCCUCCCUUCUCUCUCAAUAACUUUUCUAACUUUCCUUUUAGUACUCAAACUUGGGGUUUUCUCUUUGCUUGAGGUUUAGUUUAAGUUAACCUCCAUUUCUUGAAGUUCCUGUAAUGGCAAUUCUUGUUUGAGAAAUUUUUUUAAAAGCUCUAGCUUUUCUUUUCAAGUUCCUUUCUUACGAUGCAUGUUUAGUGAUUAAAUAUUAAUCAUGGAUUUCAAGAAAGAGAAGCUAGUGAGGUUUAAUGAAAUCCAGCAUUUAGAAAAGCCAUUGCCUUUAUAUACAGUUUCUGGCCAAUUGUUGAAAGCUGAAGGCAGUGCAAGUGAUCCAAAAACAGGUCAUAAAUUUCCUAAACUUGGAAGGUUUAAAGUAUUCCCAGAAAAUCACGAGCCAUGGAGGAAGCGUAUUCUUGAUCCAGGAACUGAUGUUUAUUUGCAGUGGAACAGGGUAUUCCUGUUCUCUUGCUUGGUAGCACUUUUCGUUGAUCCAUUGUUUUUUUACCUACCAUCAGUUGCAAACAGGGGUGUUACUUCUUGUAUGGAUACUGAUCUGAAUUUGGGGAUUACCGUGACAUGUUUUAGAACUUUCGCUGAUAUAUUCUAUAUAUUACAUUUAGUGGUUAAGUUCAGGACAGCUUACGUAGCACCCAGUUCAAGAGUUUUUGGCAGAGGUGAACUUGUUGUGGAUCCCAAGAAAAUUUCCUGGCGUUAUUUCAAAUCAGAUUUCUUCAUCGAUCUUAUUGCAGCCUUACCUCUUCCACAGAUUGUGAUAUGGUUUAUCAUUCCGGCAAUUAGAGGCUCCCAUUCUGAUCAUACCAACAAUGCUCUUGUACUGAUUGUUCUGCUUCAGUACAUUCCAAGAUUGUAUCUGAUUUUUCCUUUAAGUUCUGAGAUCAUCAAAGCCACUGGAGUAGUCACAAAGACUGCUUGGGCUGGGGCUGCCUACAACCUCCUGCUCUAUAUGUUGGCUAGUCAUGUUUUAGGGGCCUCAUGGUAUCUGUUGUCAAUUGAGCGUCAGGCGACAUGCUGGAAGUAUGCUUGUAGACAUGAAAUAAGUCCAGUAAAUUGCAGUCUCUCUUACUUAGACUGUGGUACUUUGAGCAAAGAUGAACGCAGACUAUGGGAAAACAGUACUCAGGUGUUUAAUAGCUGUGAUCCAAAAAACAGUACUAUAUUUGAUUAUGGGAUAUUUGCAAAUGCUGUAACACAAAAGGUUGUCUCGUCUGACUUUCUUGAGAAGUAUUUCUAUUGUCUUUGGUGGGGCUUGCAGAACCUCAGUUCCUAUGGCCAGGGUUUGGAAACAAGCACAUUCAUUGGGGAAACUGCAUUUGCUACACUUAUUGCCAUCUUGGGUCUGGUUCUGUUUGCCCAUUUAAUUGGAAAUAUGCAGACCUACUUGCAAUCUAUAACAGUCAGACUUGAAGAGUGGAGGCUCAAGCGGCGAGACACUGAGGAGUGGAUGAGACAUCGCCAACUCCCUCAAAAUCUGCGAGAACGAGUUAGGCGAUUUGUUCAAUACAAGUGGCUUGCAACUCGAGGGGUUGAUGAAGAAACGAUCUUGCGUGCACUACCUACAGAUCUUCGUCGAGUCAUCCAGCGCCACCUGUGCUUGGAUCUUGUUCGACGAGUUCCCUUUUUCUCACAGAUGGAUGAUCAGCUACUUGAUGCCAUAUGCGAGCGACUAGUGUCCUCGUUGAGUACCCAAGGCACUUGCAUAGUUCGUGAAGGUGAUCCUGUUAUAGAGAUGCUUUUCAUCAUCAGGGGGAGGCUAGAAAGCUCAACCACAAACGGAGGCCGAACAGGUUUCUUCAAUUCAAUUACUUUGAGACCUGGCGAUUUCUGUGGUGAAGAGCUUCUUGCGUGGGCUUUGCUUCCAAAAUCUACUCUCAACUUGCCAUCUUCCACGAGGACAGUAAGAGCACUGGAGGAAGUGGAAGCGUUUGCCUUGCGCGCAGAAGACCUCAAGUUUGUGGCUAAUCAGUUUAGACGCCUCCAUAGCAAAAAGCUACAACAUACAUUCCGUUUCUACUCGUACCACUGGAGGACAUGGGGCGCCUGCUUUAUACAGGCUGCAUGGCGUCGGCACAAGAAGAGAAUGAUGGCGAGGAGUCUGACCAUGUGCGAGUCAUUCGCAUAUUCUGUUGAUGAACAAGUAGCUUCUGAAACGACUCAAGAGGAGAGUAUGAAAUCUUCAACUUCCUCUCAAGCAAAACAGAACCUUGGUGUGACUAUACUGGCUUCAAGAUUUGCUGCAAACACAAGAAGGGGAGCUCAAAAAAUCAAGGAUGUUGAAAUGCCCAAGUUGCAAAAGCCUGAAGAGCCAGACUUCUCGACAGAGCCAGACGAUGACUAGCUGGACCCUUGAUUAUAUCACAGCCAUAACGCUCACCCCUAACUGAAAACGCUGCAAAGCCAGUCCAGUGAUUAAUCUUGAAAAGGUAUUUUGAUAAAUGCUCCCUGCAAAUAUCAUGUGGUUACUGAUUCCUCGGUGGUUUUCGGUCUAUAUAUGUACAUGUAGCAUGCCUGUUAGAUGUAGGGUUUCAUUAUAGUUUACUAGUUAAACAUGUUAUGGGACCAGCCCAUUUUACAAUAUUUUUAUUGUUUUGGGACACAUGUAUUAUGGGCUUUUAUGAUAAACUUGUUAUGUCUUAUUUUUGGGUCCACUUUGGCAUGGGUUUUAUGGCUUUCAAGAGAAGCUUGUAGAGGCUAUUGUGUAAACACUUAGUGUGUGAAGGGAACAGCAAUUUUCAGUUAAAAAAAAAAAACAUUAACAAAAGAGAGAGGAAACUAGAGAGUUCCAAAGGGUGCUGUCCUGCUCGUUUUUCUCAGCACCAGUCCUAGUGUUUUGGUCGCUGGAGAAGAUCUUACCGUUAGAUUUUGCUGAAAUUUUGUCAGCUUGUUGAGGACACACGGGGCUACAUUCUGACCGUUCGGAUCGUCAAUUGGAUCCCCGUUUCAUCAGGAAUUGUCUCUGGACAGAGCUGUUGUUUUUGGGUGAAUUCUACACUUUUUUGUUCUCUAUUUCAAUUCUCUCAUUGUUGGUGUUUGUUGGUGGGCUGUGAAUCUUUUGUAGACUGAUUUGGGGUUCUUUUUCCUCCAAUUUAUAAAUAAGAGAAGUUAAGGGUGGACUCCUCAAAAGGUCCCGUGGUUUUUACUCUUCACAUCGAAGGGGUUUUCCACGUAUAAAUCGUGUAUGUUGUUUGCUAUUAUUUUCUUUUAUUAUAGCCGGUUAUUUACUGCA